GGGGUUACAAAAUAAAAACCAUGGAUGGAGCAUUUUGCUACUUGUUCCAUGAUAACACCUCUUUUCCUAGUUGCCGUCACCUCGAUAGCCACCAUAGCUAAAUUCUUCGUCCAAGAUCACCACCACUUCGUGUUGGUAUUGUGUCAGCUUGACAAGUUCUGUGAGCGGCAUACUUUUUUAAUUUAAACAGUCGUAAAUAAAAUCCCACGAAAGUAUCAAAAUGAGAUGACAAAAACUAUAUCGAUUGUGUUGGCAUUAUCAUUGUUCGUAAAUGAAAUCACUAUAUUGUACAAUGCUCGUAUUCUGAAGACCAAAUACUUAUCUUCAAAUCUGGUGUUCCUUAUGGCAGUCUGUUUAGUGUUGAAAAGAGUGAAUGUAUUACCGAAAAUACUCUGGAGGAAUCUGUCUCCAAUAUGUUUCAUAAUAGAAAUAAUAACAACGCUAGUUCUCCUCGAGUGUUCACUGUUUCACAUUUGGAAGCGAGUCGAAGACUACUUACUCUACAACUCCGAUGGACUCCUGGUACAUUUAUCUGAGAACUCCGGCCUCCAGUGGUUGGUCUGUCACCUGUGUUGUGGUAGAAGCAACUGCUCCGCAAUCUUUGCUCACCUGGUACUUAAGAUGACAAGUUUUUUUGUUUUACUCGCCAGUUGUUGUUUUAUUAGUUCUAUUUAAUGUUCUUUUUAAAUAAAUCUUUUUGAUGUUGUUUUAUAAGCAAAGUCGCUUCGUGUUAUAAUUUUAAAUCGCCCAAUUGACAAAUAAUCGUAUUGCCUAACUAGUUUGAAGUAGGAGUACUCAACAGGUG